GGCACAGCAGCCACAGCACGGGGAUUGAAUCAUCCAUCAGCAAGUGUUCCUAAUAAAGCCAAAGUCAAUAACUCCACUAUAACCUCACUAUUUUGAGAAUCUGCAUAAUAAUGAUUUGCAACUCCAAAGAAUUUACACAGUAGAGUGACUUAAAAAUAGCUGAAUUUCUAGGAUUUGUUCUACUUAGGAAGAUGGCAUUUGUUUCAGAGAGCCCUACAUUGCAGGCAGUGAGCAGUGGAUCCUGUGUGUACUUUUGGAAAAGGCUCACUAGAGGCUGGAAAUCCCUCACAGAAGCUGAGAACCAGGAAAAGAACAGUCACUGGAAACUUGAAUAGGAGACAAGCUGAAACAUGAGAUAAAAUGCACAUUCUAGAAGUGAUAAUGUAAGAAUGCCAGUUUGGUAUCUUUAAACAAGGGAUUGCUCCUUUUUUGCUACAAGAUUGUUAUGUUUAGGAGUUCAACAUUUGGAGCUCUCUGAUGUUUUUUUUCCUGCAUCUCCACUGAUGUCGCAGUGGGUUCCUUUUUGGUUGUGUUAGCACUAUGAGAUGUGGUGAAGUUCCUGGGUGCCCAAGUUGUUUCCUCAUACUGAGGAAGACCUAAGGCUUACUGCUGUUUUCCUUUUCUACAGCUGUCUGGUUUCUGCUAGAUAAGAGACCUGGCAGCGGGUGGAAAUCAAAUAUGCGUGAUCAGGAGUAGUGACCUGUGUGUACAGUGGAAGUCAUUUGCUCUGCCCUUUACAUCUAGCCCCUGAAAACUAAUCUUGGAGAUUUUUCUUUUCCACUUCCACAGAAUAUGUUAUUAAUUUGGUGGCUGAUUUUUUCCUUUAUCCUAGUAAGAGAUUUAUUAUGAAGUGCAAUCAUGGUCAGUGAUACCCAUAAUAUAUUUCAAGCUCAAUGUAUUGAGGAAUACUUCUCACACAGAUGUCUUGGCCUGCAGUCCACAGAUUGAAAUGCAGAUUGGGCUCUGGUUGGAGCUCAAGACAAGAGGCCAUGAAUUCCCAGCCUUUGGGAUAACAAAGUACAUGAAGACAGGUGACAGCAGCCAAGUGAAUGGACGACUGAGAGUAACAGCCGGUGACUGCCGACCUUUUGGAUAAGGCGACGCCAGUGCGAUGGAUGAACAGAGUGGGGAGGCAGGAGAGGACGUGAAGGAAGAGCGGGACUGAUGCCCUGGGGGAGACUCUGAGGCCUCUAUUGAAGAUUGUGUCAAAAUGGAUCGUGACUAUAUGACGAAGAUCAACCGUUACUGUCAAAUACAUAAAUGUAAAGUGGAUUAUGACACCAUCGACAUAACGGGCCCUGAUCAUGAUCCUCAGUUCACAAUUGUUGUCAAAAUAAAUGGUGAGGAAUAUGGUAGAGGCACUGCUAAAAGUAAAAAAGAAGCAAAAGCAGUAGCAGCAAAAGAAACAUGGGAAAUGAUUGAGAACCAGCAUAAGAGUCCCUCAAAUAUGGCAGCUGCAGAGUUAACGACAACUCAAACAACCUCAACAACCUCAUCACCUGCAGGCAAGGAUUAUGUCAGCCUAUUAAAUACUUUUUCACAAAGGACGGGUUACAUAGUUGAUUAUCGGACCAAAACUCGUACUGGAGAUGCCCACGUUCCCACGUAUUCUAUUAGCUGUACAAUUAGUGGCCAUUUGUAUGGAAGGGGCACUGGACCUUCCCUAGCUGUUGCAAAACAAGCUGCUGCAAAGGAAGCAUAUGAGAAGAUGGAAACUGAAAGAUCUAAUAACAGCAAUUCCUCUCAAGUGCCACCUGAGUCUGACUCAGAUAAAAACACCAUUUGCUUUGCUGACUCAUCUGCAAAGUUGGCAGAAAAAAUGAAAGACAUGGCAAUAUGUGAAAAGCCUUCACCUUUUCAGAAAAAUGCACAAAGUUCUGUCCUGAAGGCCAAACGAAAAUUGGCAGCUAAUUUUGCUAAUGUAAGCAACGCAAAUACCGGAGAAGAGAAUGGGAGUCCACACACUGUCAAUAAAACAUUUCUCAAGCUUUUUGAAAAAAUAGAGCCUAUAGGUGCAGGUGGUUUUGGGAACGUUUUCAAGGCAACAUCGACGAGUGAUAAGAAAACCUAUGCAAUCAAACGAGUUGAAUUCACAGAGAAAGUUGAGCGGGAAGCACGAGAAUUGGCAAGACUUUCACAUGAGAACAUAGUGCGCUAUCAUUGCAGCUGGACAGGGAAGGACCAUAUCAAGUACCCAGACUCAAGCUGUAAUUCAGAUGAAGAAAUUCUUUGUCUUUUCAUCCAAAUGGAAUUCUGUGAAAAAGGGACAUUGGAAAACUGGAUUGUAAAAACUAGCAGAGACCGAAAGUAUAAUGAAAUGGCACAAAACAAAUUUUUACAAAUAGUGAAAGGAGUGGAAUAUAUUCAUUCUGAAGAGUUAAUUCAUCGAGACCUCAAGCCUCAGAAUAUAUUCAUAUCACAUAAUGAUCAAGUAAAAAUAGGUGACUUUGGUCUUGUGACUUCUGUGGCAUUCGAGACUCUGACUGAGAACAGAGGAACAAAAUCGUAUAUGGCACCAGAACAGACUGGGGCCAAAUAUGGAAAGGAAGUAGAUAUUUAUGCAUUGGGAUUAAUUUGGUUUGAAAUUCUUUCGGCAUUCACUGGUCAUGAAAGAAGUAAGGUAUGGCCUUCUGCUAGAGAAGGUAAGCUUCCAGAGUACUUCAACAAUCAAUUUCCAACAGAGGCACCCAUAAUCAAAAAGAUGCUUUCAAGAGACCCUUCAGGAAGAAUCCCUAUAUCUCAUUUGCUUGACCUUCUUAAAUCUGUUGAUAAAGAGAAGGAACAUAGAAAUUUCUCUUAUUGAAUGUCCUUUCACACUGUGUUUAAAUCCAGAGUUUGAUGAAUUUAUUACAACUGAUGAAAUGACAACAGAUGUCAGAAGCAACAGGAAGACUUGGGGUGUGUCUUUUCCUUGGCCACUUCACCAUUUAUAUCUGUCAGCUGCAACCAGGACAGGGCACGUCUGCAAGGAAACACACAGUUUUUACCUGGAAACACAGGUUGUGGAUGAGCUGGACUGUUUUGUACAAAAACUACCUGCUCCUUUUCCCCUCAAAGAUCAUGUUGAUGUGCUAAAGUGCUAAGUGGGUUGUGCCAAAUCCCUACAUGUGCUGCAUCCAUUAUCCCUUAAGGUGUUCUAUUGCUUUCCAUGGAAGAACUACUGUCCGGUGGUAUGUGACUCAAACCUUUCUGAUUUGUUCAGUAAUAUUGUUAAUAAUUACUGGAAUGCUCCAUUAGUACCAAGACUAGUUUUGGCAGAAAAGGAAAUAGGUGCACGUUAUUCUUCACUGAAUUUCAGCACUUUAAGUUUUCUUAUCUCUUCACAGCUGCUGAUGACCUAGCACCUUCAGUGCUCUAGAAUUUAAACUUGAAAUAUGAGGAUUUCUUUAAAUGUUAAACAUUCAGCUUCUAGGAAAUUUAAUUUAGAACAAAUCUCAAUUUUGGAAAACUUUAGGUUUUUAUGGUUGUCUUUUUUGGAAAGGAACAUUCAAGGUGCUAUUAAUAUAAGAAAAUCCUACUCAUUAUAGGAAAAUUGCCUCAGUAGUAACCAUUUGAAAUCCUAGGCUGAAAGAGCACUUUAAACAUUCCCAUGCUUCUAGGUUUUAGUCCCUUACUGUAAUACUGAGGCAUGCCUAACCCUUAAUAACUGUACUUAGUACCUCUGGUGUGCCCACUGCCAGCUCCACAAAAGGGAACAGCAGGUUCUCUGCUACUCUUCAUUUGUGAAAAGACAAAUGAUUGGCUUUGAGCUCUAUCUUGUCAAACUGUUCAUUGAUGUGGGGUCAACAUAACUCCAUAAGGGCAAAUGAGCAGAGAUUUAGAGAUUUCUAAGCAAAAAAUAGGUAAUAUGUGAAGUACUGUAUGCUUUUUCUGAAAUGUUAAAUGGGUUAAAAGUGGGUGACUGCUCUAAAAUAAAUAGUACAAAUAAAGGUAUUUAUAGUCUUAGGGAAAUUACUGAUGUUCUGGUGCAAGUAUUUGUUGCUAAAUAAGAAUAUGAUUGUACAUACUUUUCAAGGGCUUACACUGCUUUCUUUUUUUCUCUUUAUCAUAAAUGAGAUAUAUACAAUCAUAGAAUGGUUUGGGUUGGAAGGGACCUUAAAGAUCAUCCAGUUUCAACCCCCCUGCCCUGGGCAGGGACACUUUACAGUAGAUGACAUUACUCAAGGCCUUGUUUAACCUGGCUUUGAACACUGCCAGCAAUGGGGUAUCCACAGCUUCUCUAGGAAACCUGUUCCAGUGCUUCAUCACCUUCACAGUAAAGAAUUUCUUCCUAAUAUUUUAUCUCAACCUUCCACUUCAAAGCCAUUCCCCCUAGUCCUGUCACUUUAUGCCCUUGGGAAAAGUCCCCUUCCAGCUCUCUUGGCAGCCCCCUUUGCGUACUGAAAGGCUGCUCUAAGGUCUCUGCAGUGCCUUCUCUUUUCCAGGCUGAACAAUUCCAACUCAAGCAACUUCAUUUGCCAGUUCCCUCAGGACCAGUGGAUGCAUGUCAGCAGGUCCCAUGGACUUGUGCACCUCUAGGUUCUUCAGAUUUUCUUGAAUCUGAUCUUCUCCCUGACAUCCCUGGCCAGAUUGAAUUCCAUCAGGGCUUUAUGCUUUCCUAACCUUAUCCUUGACUGGAAUUCAUUAAGUAUUUCACUAUGCUAAACUGAUUAGUAGUUCUUUGCAGUGGUCAAGAUCUGUGAGAAAUUAUAUAUCCUUACAGACAGAAUACUACUAUUGCUGCUUUCUCUUCUCUUUAAUCUAUUGCUUAUAUAAAAAUAAAUAUAUAAAAUAUGUUUAAUCAAUAUAAAUAUAUAAUUGUUUUAUCUUUAUAAAAUUAACAUAUAGUUGGACUUGAUGAUCUUAAAGGUCUGUUCCAACCUAAACAAUUCUAUGAAACUGUUCACAAUAUGAAAAUGAACAAUCUCUGGGCUGCAUUUCCUUUACAGUUUUUGGACAGAGCAAAGUAGUAUCAUUACCUUCUUGCUGUUAAUUAAUACUGUACCAGUUUGUAACAGUAGUUUACACCAGGAGUUCCUGAUAUAUUUUCCCUGCAUAGUAUUUGUAUAUUUCAGCAUUAACUUUUUAUAAAUGGCUAAUUAUAGUAGAGACUGCUGUUAACUAAAAAUAAAAGGUCUUUUAAAACCUUUUAGUGGAUAGCAGUUAUAAAAAAAAAAACCAAAAAAAAAAAAAAAAAAAAAACAUCAUCAUGAUCUAAUUCUAUUUAAUUAUGAAAAAUAUUUAUCUUUAUAUAAAACAGAAUAUUGGUUUAAGUAAUUGGUUCAAGUUUCACAAGAUUUUUUUUCCCACCAAAUUUGAGAUAGUAAACAAAACCAGUCUGGUGUUUAGGCAUGUCUGUAAAGAUGAAAAAAACCUAUUUAACACAUAAUGCAAUAAAGUGAUUAGCCAAUAAUUAUGCCUUUACUCAUACUUGAAUUUUAUUAUCAGUUGGGCAGCACUUAAACAAAGAUGUGAAAGACUGAACCUACUUCUCAAUUAUGUUAGUUCUAUUACAAAUACCAAGUUUUAAUUCCUAUUAAUUUGUGCAUCAAACAGAAAAUAUGAAUUUAGCUUGUCAGCUUAAACUCUUCUGCAUACUUUGGUAUGAAUUCUUGAGUAUGGCAUAGCUCCAAGCUUUUUAAAAGAUACUAUGAAUUUUACAUACUUAUCUAGGACUUCUUCCUUUAGACUGGCUUUAGUCAUGAUCUGCAGCACUGUCUCCAGGGCAGUUUGAGGAUAAAUCUUCAGAGUCUACAGGAUAAGCAGGAAAAAAGUAACAGCAGCUCAGGGAAGGAAAAAAUGGUUGCUAGAAAUAUUUCUAGAAUCCAUGUAGAACAGAUUAAAUAGAAUUCAAGGUUUACAAGUUAGUAACUCUCAAGUUUGUUUUAAAACAAAUUUAAAAACAAAGAAAAAUUGUACUCUCUUCGGUGUUGUGAAAGUGGAUGGUGUUCUAAUUGUUUCAGAAACACCUGCCAACUUUUGCAGCUUUUUAUGGUAUUGGUUUAAAUAUCUGAAUUAUGUUUUCUUAAAACUAAUUAAAUUUUAAUAUAAAUUCAAAUAAAUUUCAGUAUGGUUUGCUGUG